CAAAUGGCGUAUGUUUCAGUUCAGCCGUCCUCUUUCUGUUACGUGUUUUGUCUCUCAAUUUAUAAUUGUGAUUAAUUUAAUUGUCUAGUUUAAUUUAUAUCUUCGUGUUAAUCCUUGUUUAAAUUUGUUUCGCUACUUAACAAAUUCACGAUGAAAGAAAAUAACGAAGAAGUCGAGGGUAGCGAAGAAAUCGCCAAACCUUCGGAAUAUGUUAAAGAUUUAUUAAAAGAGAAACUUACUCUUAAUCCUGAGCAACAUUCAAACGCUAUGAGACUGGUUGAUCAAGAAGUAUCAAAAGCUCAAGCUCAAUCGACUGGAAAACCCUUGAAACCUGAAAGUCGUUAUGUCGAUAUUUACAAAGAAAAACCCAUCAAAGUUGUAGCUAAAGUUUUAGUACCUGUUAAAGAACAUCCACGAUUUAACUUCGUAGGAAAAUUAUUAGGACCUAAGGGAAAUUCGCUAAAAAGAUUGCAAGAAGAAACGAUGACGAAAAUGGCCAUUCUAGGACGCGGUUCUAUGCGAGAUAAAACAAAAGAAGAAGAAUUACGAACCUCAUUAGACCCGAAAUACUCGCAUCUCACUGACGAUCUUCACGUUGAAAUACAAGCGUUAGCGCCUCCAGCCGAAGCUUACGCUCGUAUCGCAUUUGCUUUAGCCGAAAUUCGUAAAUAUCUCGUACCAGACGUAAACGACGAAAUUAGACAAGAACAAUUACGUGAAAUACAACAAUACGGCGGUGGUGGCCGAGGUGGCGGUGGCCCCAACAUUCGUGGUGGAGUAUCGCGGGGCGGCGGCGGUCGAGGUGUACCUAGACCACCUAUCAUUCCUCCCCGUGGAGCUCCAGUCCCUCCACAAGGUGGCCCAGUUCCUCCACGUCCAAUGCCCGGAAAAACGAAAGUACUGAGUAUUUUAGAUCGAGCUCGAGUCGCUAUGGAAGAAACGUACGCAUCUGGCGGAUACGACGAUGGCUACUAUGAAUCUCCGGGCCCUAUGGGCUACAAUCCCAGCGGAUAUGGUGGUGCAUAUAAUGGCUCAGGAUUUUAUGAUGGUGGUGGUUAUGCUGGAGCCGGAGAUAAUUCAGGUGGUUGGAAGUCAUAUGGAUCUUCAGGAGAUAACUCUAGCGGCGGUGGAAAAGCGCCGUCGAAUUCGGUGAAUCGUUUUGGAAAUACUCGUCCAUCUCCUUACUCGCGUUCCGCCAAGUAAACCUAUUUGUGGAAGUAACAAUUUGUCUAUGAAUAGACAUAGGCAGUAUUUGGAUUAUUCAAAUUAGAACAAAAAAAUUAUGCAACGCAAUAAUAUUUUAUUUUUAGACUUUUUCAUUACCUAUUAUUAUUAUUUUUUUUAUAGAACAUAUGAUAUGUCUAUACUAUAGUUGUGUUCAGAUUAUCGAUAAUUCAAGUCUGAUUGAAUUACUCAAAAUGACGUUUUCAAUUUCAUUCUUUCAUGAGAUACGAUCACCGUAUCGUGUUUCGGUUUUUUUGUUUUCUGUUUUUUUUUGUUCUGUUUGACGUUCUUAUAUUUUGGCAGUAGGUUUUCCACAUUUGUUAAUUUCGUGGUCGAUGAUGAUUUUGGGCCAAAUCAAAAGAAAACAAAUUUUGUAUGAAUUACAUUUCACGUUUUCUAAUUAUAUCUUCGUUUGUUUUCGAUUGACAUAUUUUUUUUCUUGUUUUGUUUGUUUUUUUUUCUUUUUCGUUUUUUAUUAAGAGAAACUUCUACGCGUUUUAAAUUACUGAGUAAAUUCCAAAAAAAAAAAAAAUUAGUGAAAAGGAUCGAAAACAUGGAAAGAAAUUACGCAAAUAUAAAUUUCCUCUCGUUAAUAAAGCUUUAUUGAAAAUAAAAUUCGAAUAUAAAUUUUCAAGUAUUUGCGUAUUUCUAAAAAUAUUCGUUAAAAACUGGUCUUGUUUGGUGACAUGUUCGUGUACAAAAUCUAUCUUUAUAAUGGUUAACUCUAUACCUUCUAAUAAAUGAAUUCUUAUAACAUCUCGGUAUUUUCUUAAAAUUACGUAUGUAACUGUCGGUUUUUAAUAUUGUACCAAUAAUAGAAUGUAAAAAAAAAUUAACUUCAUAGUUUUAAUUCUUCUUUAACCAUGCAUUAAGGUUUUACUUUCAUUGUCUUUUUUUUCUUUUGUAAUUUUUUGGUUUUCUUUUUAAGAUUAACAAAUUAUUUGUAAUAUUGCGCUUCCUUUUACGAUAAAAAUUCAAAAAAAUUUGUAUUUAAAAAAAAAAAAUUGCUUAAUAUAAACUGUAUACGUUAAAUCGCAUCAAAUAAAAUACAUUCAAGGAAUAA